AUGGAGGUUUGUGACAAAGAAAUACGGAACCAAACAUUUGACCACUUUCGUACUGCAGAAGAACCAGCUUCAGAACUUGGAUUACUGGCCGCCAAGAUAGCUUUAUACAGUUUUGAAUGGCGGUAUCUGACAGUUAUAAUAUUUAAUACAAUAGAAGUAAUCGGCCUCAAGACAUUUUUAAGGGCGUAUCGGCAACCGGCUGUUGUGAGGCUGGGUAAAUUCACUUCUACAAACUCACGUCGAUCUGAUGUAAAGCAGAUGGUCAUAUUUGGCGAAGAUUCUUCUGAAAUAUCUAGUACACUCCGAUGGGUCGCUAGAUCUAAAUAUGACUGUAAUGGAAAAUUUAUAAUAAUUUGUGCAUUUGUCAAUCAAAAUUGUGAUGAAGGUAAAAUUUUCAAGACGCUUCAUGAUUUAUUCAUUACUAAUGUUCUGCUUUUGAAACCGUCACAAUCGUCCAACAGGACCUCGGCCUAUUCAUAUCGAAUAGCUACUUCGGAAAGAUGUAACAAUUAUAUUCCCUAUAAAUUGAAUAUAUCCUUGAAUUGCAGAAAUGAUGAAUGUCUUAAAGGACUUUUCGAGGAAAAAUUAUCUAAUUUCCAUCAGUGUUCCCUUUAUGUUUCAACUAUAAAUCAACCACCUUUCAUGUAUUUUUACAAUAGUACAGUAUAUGCAACGGGCAUUGAUGCAGAAAUAAUGCAACUGGCAGCAGAUAUAUUGAAUGCAAAUCUAACUUUUAUAAAACCAUCUGAUAGCACGGACCCCGGACACUACACUAACAAUAACUGGACUGGAUCAUUGGGUGACAUAUUCAAUAAACGCAUACACGUUUCUGCGUGCUCAGCACCACUAACGUCCAAUAAAUAUGGAAAUUUCCAAAUAUCCUUCACAUAUUAUUCUAUGGAUAUAGUGUGGGCUGCAAGGCUUCCAUCGCAAAAGUCCUCGUGGGAAAAACUUUUAAGCCCUUUAACUAUUCUCCUUCGAGUUUUAUUAGUACUCAUGUUUAUUAGUAUCGGGUUCGCAAAUACACUUUGCAAUACAAAUAUUGGCCGUAAAUUAAGAACAGUCUUUCAAAUGCCGUCACCAAAGUAUAGUUUGCUGUUUUAUUCGUGGAUACUAUUUCUUGGCAUGCCGAUUUUAAGAUUACCGUCGAGAAGAAGUUUUCUCGUAUUAGUUUAUACUUGGAUAUGGUUUUGCUUUGUGAUAAGGAGUAUUUACCAAGCAGCUCUAAUUAAUUCCCUGAAAAAUCCAGUUUAUUUACCAACUCUUAAAACAUUUCAAGAUGUUAUUAGAGAUGGAUAUCCUUUCGGUGGGUUAGCGACCUUGAGAGAUUAUUACUCUGAUGAUCGUGCUAUUUACGAUAGAUGGGUAGUUUUGGACCUAGCUCAAGUGCCCGAGACUCUAAAUAACAUUUUAGAUGGAACCACGGAUUUUGUUCUAGCUUGUAACAAAGAGGUGAUAAAACAUUAUCUGAUGCAGUUCAACGGCAUUAAAAAGCUGCAAAUAAUACCAGAGAAAAUUGUGAACAGUCCUACGGUGGUGUAUUACAAAAAGUUUUCACCAGUAACGAAUCCAUUGAAUGCCGUUUUACGUACUGCUACUGAAGCGGGUUUUAUACAGCGUACAUUUGAUCGGUAUUUAGACAGAGAUAGAAAACUACUUCGACUACUCAGAAAUCAAGCUCAAGAAUCUCUAAAGAUGGAACAUUUUACUGGCUGCUUCGUAUUGCUUGUACUAGGUUGGGCCGUAGCUGUUACUUACUUUGCCGUAGAGUACAUCUGUGGUAACUUAAAAGAUGAGUGA